AAAACCAACUCCCAUUACCUCACCCACUCUUCCUCGUUAGUGCCCAAUCUCAGCUGCACAUCGACGAAUUCACACAAUCUAUCUUUGGCUCAGAUCACCCUCGAUGAAGCGUUCUAUUCCCGAUUCUCCGGUCGCCGGAAGUCACUUCAGAAUGAAGAAAAUCAAGGAGGAAGAGGGGGACAAAGAAAUUGGGUUUAUGAAUUUUGACGAGAAUCUGCUGUACGAGGUGUUAAAGCACGUGGACGCGCGGACGCUGGCCAGGUCGGCCUGUGUCAGCAGGCUCUGGCACAAGACGGCGCAGGACGAGCGGCUAUGGGAGCGGAUCUGCACCAAGCACUGGGCUAAUAACGGGUGCGGUAACCAGCAGCUCAGAUCUGUGGUCCUGCCUCUCGGGGGCUUCCGCCGGCUGCACUCCCUCUAUCUCGGGCCCCUUUCUAAGCCGCAAUUGAGUUCGGCAUCGUCUUCGAAUUGGGGCCCUGUCUCCGAGAUGAUUAACUCGAGGCAGGGGGCUCGGUGGGGGAAGGACGAAAUUCACCUCUGUUUGUCCCUCUUCUCGAUUCAGUAUUAUGAGAGGAUGAAUUUCACUAACAGAGGUGGAAAAUUAUAAUAUGCAAUGCUGCAUCGUAUAUAAGUAACAUACUGAAUUGCAUAUGUAAGUUCCUGUAUUUCUGGGUUUUCUUUAUUUUUCUCGCUUCUUGUUUUGUUUCCCUAAUUUGGCUUGAAAAUUUCUCCCUUUUUUUUCCUCCUAUUGUGCUAAUUUUGUACUCGUAGAUCCGUAGUUGUGUAGUACUACAAUAUUCAGUUAUGAAUCCAAUUUUCUUAAUGAUAAUGACUAUGGGACUGGAAAUUUUCUUUGGGUUGAGGAAUUAUUUUCCAUGGAAACAAAUGGGUUGGCAUUGAUUGGAUGGGAGGUUAGAAGGAUAAGCAAGUAAGCACAGAUAGAGAUGACCAAAAGAGGGUCUCCCCAGUUUGUUGUAUUUAAUGUGUGCAACUGUUGCUGCCCAUGCUUUUGUGGCUAUUCCCCAUGGCCUGAUUGUAAGAGACAGAGAUGAAUGGAGCCUCAAUGCUUUUGUGUUGGAUUGAGAUCUGGUAUUUGCAUAAACCAAGGUAGUUUGUCGUAUUGGUUGGUGGUCCUGUUAGGGGGAUGGACAUUAACCAAAGCAGGCCCUUCUUUUGACCUUUUUAUUUUGUCCUGUUUCUUUUAAUAUUGUUUCCCAAUUUCUCUGAUGUUAUGUGAAUUGGUUUCUGCUAGGUUUUUCUUGUUUUUUUCUAAUUCCUAGCAGAUGUCGUGGCAUUGUGGUUGAGGAAAAUGGUCUGUUUUGUGAUUGGAGGUUGCGUUUGCCUAUGAGGUGUUCUUGUCUUGGUUGUCAAGUUGCUUGUCUUGAAAUGGAACCGUUGUUUGUUUUAUGUUUUCGUCCAGUCUGAAUGGAAUGAAUAAUGUGCAAGGGGGAGUAUUUGGAUUUGACUUUUAACUCACUAAAUUGUUGUGCUACGAAGAGAAGAUGAAAUUAUGCCAAUAAUAUGAUGGCAUCUCUUGUCUCGGAUAUUAAAAUCCCUCUUGGGGA